AACAGUAUCUCCCCAAACCUCGAGUCUCACUUGCUAGAUCUCACUUCACUUGAAUUCGCAGUGCCACAAUUCUUCAUUGCUUCUUCACUUCUUGUCUCUAAUUUUUGAUAUCCUAAACAAAAACUCACCCAUGAAAAAUGGCCAAGAGGGGCAAUGCUGCAAUGUUGAUAAAAGAGCACCAAUGAACACAAUGAUUGUGAUGAUGGUGGCGCUGAUGGUUGCGCGGCCGUCUCGCGUGCUAGCGCAGGAAAACGCAGCGGAUGCGCUCUUGAAAUUGAAAACCUCCCUAGUGAACGCGGAUCCCGCAUUGGGGUCGUGGAACCCGUCGACGCCACCGUGCACGGGGAACACCGGCAACUGGGCGGGCGUGCUCUGCUACAACGGCUACGUGCGGGGACUGCAGCUCGACAACAUGGGCCUACAGGGCCAAAUCGACGUCGACGCUCUGGUCGGCCUACAAACCCUACGCACACUCAGCAUCAAAAACAACAACUUCCAGGGGACCAUGCCCGACUGGCGGAAGCUCCCCGCCCUCACUUCCUUGCAUCUCUCCGGCAACCAGUUCUCCGGCGAGAUCCCUGACGACGCCUUCACCGGCAUGAAGUCAUUGACAAAGGUCUAUCUCUCUAGCAACAAAUUCACCGGCCCCAUCCCCACUUCCCUAGCUUCCCCUACAAUGGAGGAGCUCGGCCUCGACAACAACCAAUUCUCCGGUAGCAUACCGCCUUUCCCCUCCGGUAACCUCCAGAUCUUCCACGUCUCCGGAAAUCAGCUAGACGGACCCAUUCCCCCGUCUCUACGCAAGUUCGAUCCAUCCUCUUUCACAGGGAACACGGCGUUGUGCGAGGGAGACUCGUGCGAGAUCCCGCCGGAUUUACACCCUCUCCCGCCUUCCGCGGAGCGUAAAAAACUAUCUCCAGCAAUGAUAUUUAUAAUCAUCCUCACCACUCUGCUUGCUCUGUUUCUGCUCCUAUUGCUGCUUCUCCUGUGCCUGUGGUGGUGCCUCGACAUCGACAUCGACGACGACGUUGAGUCGCCACGGGCGAGAUUGGACACGGCCUCGCAGAUGACGCAACAAACGACGAAACUGUCGUUCAUGAGGGACGACAGGCAGAAGUUCGACCUGCAGGAUUUGAUGAGAGCCUCCGCGGAGGUGCUCGGGUCCGGGAACUUUGGGGCGUCGUACAAGGCCGUGUUCGUGGACGGGGAGGCGGUCGUGGUGAAGAGAUUCAAGCAGAUGACCAACGUUACGAAGGACGAAUUCCACGAGCACAUGAGGGUGCUGGGGGGGCUGCAGCACCCCCAUCUCCUCCCUGUGGUAGCGUAUUUGUACCGCAAGGAGGAGAAGCUUAUUGUAUUCGAUUUCAUCGCCAACACCAGCCUCGGGAAGCACCUCCACCGCGACGGUAGGCGGGCAGAGGGGGGGCCGAAGCCGCUCAACUGGCCGUGCCGGUUGAAGGCCAUCAAGGGGGCAGUGAGGGGGCUGGCCCACCUCCACACGGAGCUGCCCGGGCUGGAAGCCCCCCACGGCCACUUGAAGUCGUCCAACGUCUUGCUCGAUAGCAACUGCAAUGCCCUGCUCAUGGACUACACGCUCGGGCCGGUGGUGAACCUGGCCCAGAUUACCGAGGCGCUGGUGGCGUACAAGUGUCCCGAGUACGCCAUGAUUGGGAAGAUAUCGAGGAAGUCGGACGUGUGGUGCUUGGGGAUUUUGAUACUGGAGACGCUGACGGGGAGGGCCGUGGAUGAGUACCUCGGGCAGGGGGGGCUGUGGUACGGGGCAGAGCUGGCCGGGUGGGUGAAGGGGAUUGUUGAGGAAGCGAACGAGAAAGGGGCGGUCGGGGUGUUCGACAAGGGUAUGGGGAUCAACACGGAGGCGGAGGCGGAGAUGGAGAAGCUUUUGCAGAUUGGGAUAUGGUGUUGUCAAGAGGAGCUGGACAAGAGGUUAGAUUUGGUAGAUGCACUUGCAAAGAUUGAGAAGUUGCAUGAGUAAUUUAUCAGCAUCAACUUCAAAUUUUUUGUAGUGAGAAAUAGUUAUGAGUAAUGUUAAUACUGUGAUCAAUAUUGCAUUUACUUUGCCUACAAAGAUUGUAA